AUGGACGCCUCCCUUUACAAGACCACGACCGUCUCUCGGGAGUUUACCUACCAUUACUACCACUCUCCGGCUACAGAGGGCAAGCCCACGAUCCUCUUCGUGCACGGCUUCCCUUCGAGCUCCUACGACUGGCGGCGUCAGGUCGAGCACUUCCGGCCCCAGGGAUAUGGGAUUAUCAUCCCGGACAUUCUCGGGGUGGGCGGCACGUCGAAGCCGGAUAGCGCAGACGCGUUCCGCUUCGCACUCGUCGCACACGACAUAAUUGACGUCCUGGACACCGAGGGCCUCAAGACUGUUGUCGGGAUUGGACACGAUUGGGGCUCUGUGAUCUUGUCUCGCCUCGCGAACCUAUACAGCGACAGGUUCUACGGCUUCGCGUGGCUCGCGCUUUCCUACCUCCCGCCGGCAUGGCAGGAGGUCAAGGUUGGUGGAGAGUGGGAUGAGACCGGGAGCGAAGGGUUCGGAUACUGGGAGUUUUUGACGAGCGACGACGCAGCGGGGCUAUGCGAGAAGAACCUUGACUGCUUUCUCCAGAUGGCGUAUCCAGUGACCCCGCAGCUCGUCCACGGCUGGAAUCUACCCCGGGGCAAGACCCGUGAAUGGGUUGAGUCGAACGUCACGCACGGUCUGCCCGCAUGGCUCCCCAAAGAGGAGUACGAUAUCGUCAAGAACAUAUGGGUGAAAGGGGGCCUCAAGUCGUCCAUGAACUACUACAGAGCGGUUAUGACUGGCGCGAACGUGCAGGAUGACGAAAAAGUGCCAGAGGAAGCGCGCAACAUUCGAAAGCCUACACUGUUCAUCGCAACAACAUUCGACGAAAUCUGCACUCCUGCCCUCGGCAAGGCAGUGAUGGACAAGUUUGCCCCACAGACGCAGUUCGUCGAGCUGGCCACCGGUCACUGGCCUCAGCUGGAGGAUGCCGUGCGCGUGAACGAGGAGCUUCAGAGAUGGGUGGAGAGUCUGAACCUCGGGAAGGCUUGA